ACGCGCACAUCUCACUCACACGCGUAAGGCUCACGCUCUCCGCCCCGCACACCUGUGCUCCGCCCCUUGGUCCCGGGCCCGCGACGCGUGAAGGCAUUUGGGAACCCGGGACAGUUUCAGAGGCGCCCCCCUAUCCCCUCCAUUUCCCAGGCAGGAGUGGUCCGGAGCCUGCCGCGGCUCCCAACCGGUCCACAUCCUCUGCCAUCCUUCCCUCCCCCCGUCUGCCGCGGCACCGGUAUCCGCAGCCACCAGCCCGGAGCCGGUGAGGCGGCAAAGGGGGGAGGGGGAGGAAGCAAGGGAUGAGCUCCGGGAGGGCAUCGGGGGCCCUGAGCCGGACGAGGACGCCCCUGGAACCGGGACCCGAGCCAGAGCCGGAGCCGGAGACAGAACCAAACCACCGGUACCGGCUGCAGCCCACUAAACCCAGGAGGCGCCCUGGCCCGCGCUCGCCCCCCAGGGCCUCAUGUCGGAACCACAGCCUGGCCUGGAGCCGCCCCAACAUGGGCUGUACAUGCUCUUCCUGCUUGUGCUGGUCUUCUUCCUCAUGGGCCUUGUAGGCUUCAUGAUCUGCCACGUGCUCAAGAAGAAAGGCUACCGCUGCCGCACGUCUAGGGGCUCAGAGCCUGAUGAUGCCCAGCUCCAGCCCCCUGAAGACGAUGACAUGAAUGAGGACACAGUAGAAAGGAUUGUUCGCUGUAUCAUCCAAAAUGAAGCCAAUGCUGAAGCCUUGAAGGAGAUGCUAGGGGACAGCGAAGGAGAAGGGACGGUACAGCUCUCCAGUGUGGAUGCCACCUCCAGCCUGCAGGAUGGAGCUCCUUCCCAUCAUCACACAGUGCAUCUUGGCUCUGCAGCUCCUUGCAUCCACUGUAGCCGCAACAAGAGGCCCCCACUUGUCCGUCAGGGUCGCUCUAAGGAAGGAAAAGGUCGCCCCAGGCCUGGAGAGACCACUGUAUUCUCAGUGGGCAGAUUCCGAGUGACACACAUUGAGAAGCGCUAUGGCCUACAUGAACAUCGUGAUGGUUCUCCUACAGACAGAAGCUGGGGCUCUGGUGGGGGGCAGGAACCAGGGCCCAGUCAGGUGGCUGCAGGAGGGCAGCCUAGGACAGGGACAACUGCUACGGAAAGGCUGCUCCCUGAGGCACCACCCUCCCAGGCUGUAGCCACCCACCCAGUGCAGAACGGAGGACUCAAGGAUGACAGCCUAGUCCCUUGUACACUUGAGGGAGCCCCUGGAACCUCUGCAGAACUGAACUUGGGCACUAGAGGAAGAGGCCCAAGUCCAGAGCUGCUUAGUCAAGAGGCAAAUGGACAGCCAACCAAACUGGACACCUCAGGUCAGCAGCCUCAGUCUUCACUGUGCUGAUGGAUACCAGCAGGCAUUGCCAGGGUAUGGAUAGCCAUGAAGGCUCUCCCCUCCACUGGACAGCACUGCUCCUCAGUUGAGGGACCAGCUCUACUUCUAUCCGGAGUUACAUGGUCCCAGGCUGAGGGACCUCAGGAGGAGCCGCUCCCAAUUCUCAACCCCUCAUUCUUUUUCCUUUCCCUACUUGCCAAUGGGUUGCCUGGCCUGCCUUCCCCAAAAUCUCGCUCCACAUGCAAGAGCGUGGCAGCUGGGACCAGGCCCUACCCGUGGUGGGCCCCUAAAGCAAUAGCACCUUAGGCCCCCUGCCCUCUUGGCACAAGAGGCCCAGGCCCUGGCUUGGACUUCACGCCCUUUAUUCACUGUCAAUAAAUCCGCUCAGACCAUUACAGUUGCUUUGCA